UCACCACACACUCUCCUCUGUUUGACUAAGGCACCACGGAGUAGCAAGUUAGACAGAGGAAGGACGCACUGGCCAUGAGGGUCUACAUCUGCUUUGAGGGCUCCUGUGAGCCUUUUGAAGUCCCUCCAGAUCAGACUGUGGGAGCCAUGAAGCAGAUGAUGAAGAAUAAUGUUCUGGUGCAACUCUCAGACGGCAUGCAGCAGCAGUACCUGGAGCUGAGCUACGGCGGUGCCGCGCUGCAGGACAGAUGGGCUCUGUGUGAUGUGGGCAUCACAAGUGGCAGUGCCAUCCGAUGCCUGAUAAAGGUAUUAAAACAUAGUGAAAAAAGGCCUGUGAUGCGUGUGUUCAAUGCUGUGACAGGACAAACCGUACCAAUUAUGAGAAGUGAGGCUCUCCCGCAUGUGUCCGUUGCUAGAUUGAAAACUGUGGUGUCCAUGCAAAGUGGCCUCCCUGUCAGCACCUUCAGACUGAGCACACCUGCUGGUGUGCAGCUCUAUGACUGCAACCAACUGCAAGACUAUGCCAUUGAAGUGGGCACUACUCUCCGUUUGGACACAUGGGAUGGGUGGGUGGAGUUCCUCCAGGGUUGCUUACUUGGCCACAAAUUGACAGUCCAGAGCCAUCUAUCGGAGAAAAAGCUGGUAAUGAGGUUUCAGCUACAGGUAGCGCUCUACAUUGCUGCCUCUUUAGGCCACCUUGAUCUGGCAGGCUGGCUGUUGGAGAGGGGGACACAUGCUGAGAAACCAGUGGGAGUCCAUCCAUACCGCCAGUGGUGCCACCAAACUGCCCACAGAGACACCGGAAAGUGUCCCAUCCACAUAGCUGCAGAGAGCAACCAGCUCCUCAUCCUCAAACUCUUCAUCACCAAGAACCUGUUGACACUGGCUUGUCGGGACCCUGGGGGUCGGGACCCUUUGAAAGUUGCAAUUCAGCAUGGUCACAGAGAUUGUGUCCGCUACUUAGCCAACAAGCUGUGCUCAGUAGUAUCCAUAUCAAAAAUGUCCCUGCCCAUGCGUGUCUACCUCCAGAUAAAGAGUUGGGUGAGUUUGGGGCAAAAUAGUGCAGCCUCCAAUCGAUGCCAGUUGAUCAGUGCUGUCUUCACAGCCAGAGUGGGGGAUACAUUGCUGGUGGAUGGUUUCAAUAAGCCAAACAUGUCUUCCAAAUCCAGGAAAGCUAUGACCAAACCAUGCAGAGAACUCAAGGCCAAAGCUUUGCAGCCCUUACCUCCCAUCAGCAAUUUACUUUCAGUAUCCCACCUCCCCAGCCUGCAGUCUGGGAACACUGGUGACUUUAAAGAGAUGCACAAAAAAAAGAGACAAGAUGUGAAAAGUAGAGAUGAUGGCUUAUUGGAUAAAAUCAGUAAAGAUGACAGCAGCUUAAGCAAGUUCACACUCCCGCCAAUCACCAGAGAAUGCAUUCCAAGGCCAAACUCUUCCCAUAUUCUGACGGCGUCUCUGGAGCCCUUGUCUCACCAUUGUGGCCGAACACCAAGAGAAAAUGCCAUAUACUGCUUGACUAUAGCCAGUACCUUUACAGAGAAGCCUUGGUUGAAGCAGAUGAGCAUAGCACGGACCCUGAUAAGGAAGCGUGUCCACAUGGCCUGAUUCUCUCAUCCAGAUCUGUCAUGCAACAGCACUACUGCUGUUGAAGUUCCUAUUUUCCCAGCUGCCUGUAUACCUAUGGACAAUGAAGAAUCCUUCAGAGGGACAACUGAGUGCAUCUCAGGCUUUUUUUGUCACUAAAAACUAAACAUCUUAUAACCUUUAUGUGC